AUGGCAACACCUACGAGAACUAUCAACGUCAUUUCCACAAGCAUUUAAAAAUAAAUAAUCAGUCGAAUAUUUCAUGUGCGUGGGGUAGGGCGCUAAUUUGUUUUGAUGAAGCUUUUGUUUACGUUAUUCAGUUCGUAUAAUCAUGUGAAACUUAUAAAUAGUUUGCUAGGUAUGUGUUAAAGUGUAAAUAUAGAUAUGUGUUAGUGAAAGUGUUGUUUGUUGGUGUAUAAAACUAUUUGUUUACGCACGAUGGAUGUGAAUUCGAAAUACUACGAGGGCUGCGGGCAGGAAGGGCCCAUUCGUUGCAUAUUUCUGUGUGAAUUCCACCCAACUGCCGGGCCUAAGAUCACAUGCCAAGUGCCGGAGAACUAUAUUUCGAAAGAUAUCUUCGAUACGGUCAGCCACUACAUAAUUCCGAAGGUGCAACUGCAGAGAUGCACUUUGACAGUAACUCUCCUGGGCUCCAAAAUCCUGGGCUUCCCGGUCCGGAUAGACAACAAGAAGUAUGCGAGGAACGCAUUUUACUUCAACCUCUGCUUCGUCUGUGAUGCAUGGGCCCGCACCGUGCAUCUAGAGCCCCUAGUCAAGAAACUCACUGAAUACCUUUUAUCAAUGGAGUUAGAAAGCGAGUGGCUGUCCAAGCAGUCCACUUCAGGAGAAGCGAAGGCCCUGUGCGGGCUCAUGAGGCAGGUGCUACAUGACAUCAACAGCAGGCGCAUGUGCACACUCACAGUUGGAACCACGACGACCCACCUAACAGUGGUCCGAGUCAACAGCGACCCGACCCCGGUCAAGGACCACCAGGUGCCGGUGUUCCUGUACAGCAGACACUCCUUCGUGGCUGACCAGUGGGACCUGACCACCAACCAGGUAAGUGUCUCUUAACAGUCCGUGUACAAUGUAUACCUACCUCGAUUCCUCAAAGCGCCCCUAUUUUCAAACGCACCUGAUG